UACGAUUCCGUAUAUUUCUGAAAACAGUUCUCUCCCCCUUACACACUCGUUACAAAUGCCCCCCAAGGCAAGAUCAUUGCUCGAGCUCACCAGGCUUCACUUGGGGUCGUGGGGCUUGCUGGCGGCAUCAUACCAUGUAGCAUUACCCACGAAUGAAGUUGUCACGAACACUUUGUUCUAUGCGUUGUUAGGCACGCUGGUACAUAGUGCAGGCUGCGUCAUAGAUGACAUGCUUGACCGCGAGUUCGAUCGCAAAGUUGCUGUCACUAUUCCAGAGGCCUCAGCUCUUCUGAUCGUGCUCGUUGCUCCCAUUUUUUACAUGUUCUCAACUGCUGGCCCUACAGCUCUGUUACUCGGUCUUGUUGGACUCCCAGCUUGUGGUGGAACGUAUCCGCUAAUGAAGCGCUGGAUGUAUUGGCCGUCUUUGUACCUUGGUUUUGCUGUUAGCUGGGCCAUCCCAUUCACAUGGGUGGCAAUUACGGGUGAGUUUGAUUGGGGCAUGAUACUGAAUGUCGGAGUCGCGUCAUGCUGCUGGACGUGUAUUUACGACACUAUCUACGCGUGUCAGGACAAGAAGGACGACGAAAAGGCUGGAGUCAAGUCCAUGGCAGUCCGUCUGGGCGAUGGCAUUCGUCCUGCAUUGAGCGUAUUUGAUGCGAUAUUCUUUGCGUGUCUUCUGUGGGCUGGGUACUUGAAUGGCCAGCACCUACCGUUCUACGUGAUGAGUGUCAUUGCGCCCUUCCUCCUCUGUCUGUGGCACAUAUGGUCAUUUGAUCAUAAUGAUCCCCAAGACAGCUCGAAGACAUUUUCGGCAUGUCGCCACGGCGCAGCGUUGGUGUGCGCAGGAUUGGUCGUGGACCAUUACUGUAAUCUUGUGUCCCUGGCCAUUUGAGCAUGUACUUUCAUCUCAGGCUGGAUUCGAGGUGACGCCUUCAACCAUCUUGUUAAUGUACUUACCACAACCUUGCACUUGCCUGUUGUUAUCCUGGAGUGUCGCUCUUGUUGUCUAA